UUUUUUUUAUUCAAAAAUUUUUUUAUACAAUUGUGAUCGUCAGCUGACAAAAUCUUUUAGGUUCGGCUUUCGUUUUUUAUUUCUCUUUAUUUGUUAUUUUUUAUCUACUAUUAAUACACAAACAUAAACGUCAGCACCAAAAUCUAAAACAGUAGCAAUGGGCAGGUUACAGAUAGCUCCCCAAGCACUCGUAUGUAAAAACACAAUAAUCGAAGGCGACGUGCAAAUCGGCAACGGCACAGUAGUCCAUGUAGGUGCUUCCAUUCUGGCCAAAAACGGGCCCAUCAUCAUUGGCUCCAACAACAUAAUAAGCGAGCGCGCAACCAUCAUAAACAACCACGCCCACCCACUAACCAUCGGCGACGACAAUCUAAUUGAGACCGAUUCCCGUGUGGAGGGACGCGGAAUGGGUCAUCGCAAUACAGUGGGGGCUCGCGGAAUCAUCGCGGGCACGAGCACACUGGGGAAUAAUUGUGUCGUGGGCGCGGCUUGUACGACGGAUUUGGCGGAGAAUGUUCCGGAUAAUACUGUAUUGUUCGGGUGCCCUCAGGCGAGGAGAGUGAGGGCGGAUGGGAACUCGGAUCAUUUGUUUAUGCAUAAGAAGCAUUUAGAGUAUAUCCAUGAGAUGUUGCCACGGUAUAACCAUAUUAUUGAGGCGGAAUAAUAAAAUAAAUAUAAUGUUAUUUUUCAACUAAUAUCAAAUUUUAACAUGAAAUGAAAGAAUACAAUUCCCCUAGUCUUUGAGCUGGCGGCGAAUCUCGACCAAAAAGUCCUUUUGGUUGGCCAUUGUCGAAGCUACAAUUUACAUUAAUUGUUUU